CAUUCAAACUACGCACGAUGGCAAGAACCAAGCAGACGGCCCGUAAAUCCACCGGCGGUAAGGCCCCCAGGAAGCAGCUGGCGACCAAAGCUGCUCGUAAGAGUGCUCCUGCAACUGGUGGCGUCAAGAAACCCCAUCGCUACAGGCCUGGUACCGUUGCCCUCCGUGAGAUUCGUCGUUACCAAAAGUCCACCGAACUGCUUAUUCGCAAGCUCCCCUUCCAGCGUUUGGUUAGAGAGAUCGCCCAGGAUUUCAAAACCGAUCUGCGCUUCCAGAGCUCCGCAGUGAUGGCGCUGCAAGAGUCAAGCGAAGCGUACCUGGUUGGAUUGUUCGAGGACACAAAUUUGUGUGCCAUCCACGCUAAGAGGGUCACUAUCAUGCCCAAAGACAUCCAACUGGCACGUCGCAUCCGUGGAGAGAGAGCUUGAGCUUUCCAUUUAGUCACUGACACACCCUAACGGCUCUUUUAAGAGCCACAACCAAACCUAAAGUUCUCAUUCCUGUUGCUUCAUAAUGUGUUGAAACUUAGAAGUGGAAAAAGAGCACAAAUUGCUUAGUAAAAUCUAAUCUGUUGAGAACUUAUAUUUAGUGAAUAAUAAACAUUUUGUAUAUAUUUUAAAUAAUAAAUUUAUUUUCCGUUUCAGAAUAUACAUACUGUAGUUAAUACUUGGACUGCAGUUUAAUACUUCUUAAAGUUGCAAAACAGCAUUCAUACAUUAAUAACAUUGAGUUAGAGGUAAUGUUUAAGGAGUAAGACUAGUAUAAUUAUGGUUUAUGUAGCACUUGCUACAUAAGGCCACCAUCUGCUCUUACUUAGUUACAAUAAUGUAUAAAUGUGUAUGUUUGCUUAAAUAAAAAGUGAUCACCAGGAACAAAGGAAUGGGGGAACAAUUUUUAACCUACA